AUGUUUUCAUUAAAGAAUGUCCUUUAUUUCCAAGCUGGUCUUGGAGUCCUGGCCAAUGUAGUUCUCCUUUUUUUCUAUACUUUCAUAAUCCUAGUUCAUAAAUCUAAGCCCAUGGACCUGAUCUCCUAUCAACUGACCCUCAUCCACAUAGUGCUGGUUCUCACUGGAGGGGAUAUUGGGCUUAUGGAUGUAUUUGAGUCACUGAGUAUUGAGAAUAACCUCAAAUGUAAGACAACUUUUUACAUAAAUAGAGUGAUGAGAGGCCUCUCCAUCUGCAUCACCUGCCUCCUGAGUGUGUACCAGGCUGUCACUAUCAGUUCCAGUUCCUCUGUGCUGGCAAAAUUUAAACCUAAUCUAAAGAAAUACACAAUCCAUGCCUUCUUCUACAUUUGGUCUUUCAACUUGUCAUUCAAUAGCCACCAGAUCUUCUAUGUUGGGGCUUUUACCAAUGCAAGUGACACCAACCAGAUGAAGGUCACCAAAUCCUGCUCAGUCUUCCCCAUGAACAUCAUCAUCAGGGCACUGAUUUUAACAGUGACAACCUCCAGAGAUGUAUUUCUUGUAGGAGUUAUGCUGACCACAAGUGCAUACAUGGUGAUCAUCUUGUUCAGACAUCAGAGGCAAUGCAAAUAUCUUCACAGCCGCAGCCACCUGAGCGCAUCUCCUGAGAAAAGGGCCACCCAGACCAUCUUGCUGCUGGUGGUUGUCUUUGUGGUCAUGUACUGGGUGGACUUCAUCAUCUCAUGCACCGCAGUCCUGUUGUGGAUGUUGGACCCAGCCAUCAUAGCUCUUCAGAUGUUUGUGAUGAAUGUCUAUCCCACAAUUACUGCUUUGGUACAAAUCAGUUCUGAUAACAGAAUAAUCAAUAUAUUGAAAAAAACAUGCAUUAGUGGGAUCCGGGUUUUCAAGGGACCUGGGGAAUUAGGUUUCACCCAGGCUGCAGACACCACUUCCUUUCCCCACCCCAGAGACUUGGCAUUCUCUUACAUCUUACUUCCCUGUCCCCGUGCUCCGCUCCGGGGUCUGUUCCUUAUACCUGUGUGCUGUGGUUUCCUUGCUCCAGUGGUGCAGGCGCUCAUGUGUGCCCGCUGCCACCAUCCACCACCACCGCCACCGCCACCACCACUAUCCCAGAACAGGAACGGUCCUUUGACUAAGCCAGGUGGACACACCUCAGCUAGUGGGACAUUUGCCUAUGCUCUGAGACUGCCCUCACCGUUGCUCAUCUCCACUGUCGCUGCAGCCCAUUCCCCAACUUGCAUCCUGCUUGGCACCAGUGGUUCCUAA